CAGCUACUCGUGUAGACAUGCUGGUGUUGGGUUGGUUAGCAUUGUUUCUUUAUGGGAUUGAGUGCACAAAACAAGAGCCCCAGUCUCACUUGGGUAUACGAUGUGGACUGCAUGAGCACGGUUGCCGUGACAACUUGCGGUGUAUUCCCAAGGGUUGGCUAUGUGAUGGAGAGGCAGAUUGCUUUGACGGUUCAGAUGAGGCUGCUAACAUCUGUGAUCAUGCAAUCCUGAACUGCAGUUCUCAUGAGUUUCUUUGCCAGUCCAGAGAGAAGUGCAUCGCAGCUUCCUGGCACUGCGACAACACGCCAGAUUGUGCAGACCACUCGGAUGAGCAGCAUUGUGGUUUGUCCCCUGCAGAGUGCAAUGCUAGCCAUGGCAAAUAUUUGUGUGGGAAUUCCCAGUGUAUUGAUCUGCAGUUAGUGUGUGACAGGGUGGCCCAGUGUGGGGAUUCCUCCGACGAGGGCCAGCGAUGUGGUCAAGGAUGCAUAAACAAACAAUGUAGUCACAAUUGCCAGAGUCUACCAACUGGAUUUGUGUGUACCUGUCCCAAGGGUUAUGUCAUACAGGAGGAUGGCAGAACAUGUGGAGAUAUUGAUGAAUGUAGGACACUUCCAGUAUCUCCAUGUAGUCAGCUCUGCUAUAAUACACCUGGAACUUACCACUGUGCUUGUGUAAAAGGAUACCAAUCGUAUGGACAGGAGUGCAGGGCUGUGGAUCCUGAUGCCUCGUUAUUGUAUGUGUCUCAGGGAAGUCUUCACACUGUGACAUUGGACGCUAACAGCAGCCAUGGUGUUGUAGCAAGGCAGUCCAGGCUGCAUCAUAUCAGAAAUAUAGUGUAA